ACAGUGCGGCUACCAGCCUAAAACCCGAAAGCGUUAUUGAAGCGGUGCGGGAAUAUUACGAAAAAUAUUCUCUUAAUAGCCAUAGUGGAGGCGGCGGUUUUUUAAGCCAAAAAGUCCGACAAAAUAUUUCACAAACCCGCCAGUUAAUCGCCCAAAAAAUUAAGGCCAAGCGGGACGAGAUUUUUUUUUUGCCUUCUACCACUUACGCACUAAAUAUUUUGGCCUUGUCUGCCCGUGAUUUUUUGGCUCCUGGUGAUAAAAUUUCCUUAACCCGUUUAGAGCAUAUUGGCACUUUACCAUUAGCCCAAAUAUUCGGUUUAAAGGCGGCUUUUGAGUUUCUUAAUAGUUUAGAUAUAAAAGAAAUAAAUAAUUAUGAGCGAGAAUUGAAAAAUUAUGCUUUGGGUAAAUUAAAAGAAUUAGAAAAAGUGAUUAUUUACAACCAAGAAUUAGAAACGGUAGAUAUUAUUCUUUUUAAUUUGAUCGGUCAUCACGCUCAUGACGUGGAAAAUUAUUUAGGUAAAAAUAACAUUUUAGUGCGUGCGGAUAACUUUUGUUGUCCUUAUCUGUCUGAAUUGAUUGGUGAAGAAGCCGCUGUCAGAAUUUCUCUCUUUAUUUACAAUACCAAGGAGGAAAUUGAUAAAUUGGUCUGCUGUCUAAAAGAAUUAGUGGAAAAUCCUGACCUAAUAAUAAAUGUUUUGGAUUUUUCUCAAUAA